AUGGGCGUGCUGCAACCACGACGUCGCGACUCUCGCGCAUCUGUCUUGUCUCGCAACCUGAUGUUCGACCGUGAUCCGAGUAUGGCUCUGUCACCAGAGUCACUGGUGGAACAUGCAAACCUGGCCAGUUCACCUGGCCCAAUAGGUGCCGAAGCCUCCAGUUACAGUGGAUCAAGACGAACCCCAAGUCGAUCAUUCUACCACCGGUCGUUUAACAGCAAGAAUAUGGAUCCGGCACAUUAUGCCUCAGAUGGUCUCCGGGACCAGACCGCCGAGCUCGCAACGUACGGCCUGUCACUGAACAAAAAGUCUGUCUUGCGGGACCCCCCCGGCCUCCCGCCUGGCCUAGAUAUAUUCCACGGCAGUCAGCAUUCGACCGGUUUCUCCCAGGAUGAAGCCUCCAGUUCUCAUACUGCCCUGGAGGAGGCGUUGGAUCCUGGUUCUGCCUCUGUUGACCCUGCAUCGGCCUCUUCGGCUCUCACGGAGAUGAUUCGUCGUCCUUCUGCUGUGGUUGAUGAUGAGAUCACGCCAUCUGCUAAUGAGGAGGUGUCGUUCCCACCGCCGCCUACUAUCUAUGAAGCACCCGAACGAGAUACGGAACACACGUCACUAUUAUCGAAGUCACGGUCUAAGUCUACACAGAAUUAUGGAAGUGCUGGCGAUAUUGAGAAUCAGGGAGAUGUCACUCCGUCUCCAAACUUCUUGACGAAGGGCUUUUUUUCAGUGGCCAAAUACUGCAGGGCUCUGGCUAGCCCGAAGUCAUGGGAUAGGCGUACUAUUUGGCAGGAAGCUGUAGUCCGUCCAGCUAGUCUGGUACCAGCUGUACUGCUAGGGCUUCUACUGAACAUUUUGGACGCGUUGUCAUAUGGAAUGAUCUUGUUCCCUCUUGGAGAACCGCUAUUUUCCCACUUAGGAACCGAUGGUAUUUCGAUGUUUUACGUCAGUACCAUUAUUUCCCAAGUCGUCUUUUCCUGUGGAGGAUCGAUCUUCAAAGGAGGAAUUGGAAGCGAGAUGAUCGAAGUAGUACCCUUCUUCCACCAGAUGGCUUUCACAAUCAUGAACUCGAUUGGCAAAGACAACCCCAAAUCCGUCAUUGCAACCACCAUCCUAGCCUUCUCUGUCAGUUCAAUCUUGACCGGCUUGGUAUUCUUCUUGAUGGGUGUAUGCGGGCUGGGCUCGCUCAUCGGUUUCUUCCCUCGCCACAUUUUGAUCGGCUGUAUCGGUGGCGUUGGCUACUUCCUUCUGGCAACUGGAGUUGAGGUCUCGGCUCGACUUCCCGGGACGCUGGAGUAUAAUCUUCAGACACUCCAGAAACUGUUCCAUCUUGAUACUUUCCCGCUUUGGAUCGUUCCUCUGUCUCUUGCAAUUUGUCUCCUUGUCUUGAAGCGGUUCGUUCGCUCGAACUUCUUGGUCGGGGGCUACUUCAUUGCAGUCGCGGCUAUUUUCUAUAUUGUAAUUUUGAGUGCUAGGAUCUCUAUGGUUGCCUUGCAUAAAAAUGGUUGGGUAUUUGACGCUCCGUCUUCCAACAACCCUUGGUAUCAUUUCUAUACACUUUAUGAUCUCUCUGCGGUCAGUUGGACUGCCUUUGGCGAGACGAUUCCAGCCAUGUUCGCACUGACCUUCUUUGGUGUGCUCCAUGUGCCCAUCAACGUUCCCGCUUUGGGAAUCUCUACUGGCGAGGACAAUCUCAACGUUGAUAGAGAACUCAUGGCUCACGGUGUGACCAAUGCUCUUUCUGGAUUCGCAGGAAGUAUUCAAAAUUACCUUGUUUACACAAACAGUCUUCUCUUCAUUGCAAGCGGCGGAGAAUCUCGCUUGGCAGGGUUGAUGCUGGCUGGAGCUACAGCAGGUAUCAUGAUCAUUGGUCCUGUCAUUAUUGGAUAUAUUCCUGUGAUGGUUGUGGGUGCCUUGAUCUUCUUGUUGGGUAUUGAGUUGUUGCAGGAAGCCUUGGUGGAUACCUGGGGAAAGCUUACUCGGCUUGAAUACUUGACUGUUGUCAUUAUUGUCGUCACCAUGGGUGCUUGGGACUUUGUGGUUGGAAUCUUCGUUGGAAUCAUUUUGGCAUGCGUGAACUUCGUCGUUCAGACUUCCCGCAAAUCCGCCAUUCGAGCCACGUUCUCCGGCGAGACUGCUGGAUCGACAGUCCGGCGACCUCCCAUUCAGCAGCAAUUUUUGCACGAAGCUGGACAGCAGACAUUGAUCAUCAAGCUUGGUGGCUAUCUCUUCUUCGGAACCAUCGUUAAUGUUGAGAAUACCAUGCGAGGUCUCAUCGAAGAAGAAGCAUUCGACCGACGUCCUAUCCGCUUCCUCAUCCUCGACUUCUCCCGAGUCUAUGGUCUCGACUUCUCAGCAGCAGAAGCCUUCACUCGCAUCAACCGCGUCCUCAAGAAGCGCAACGUGCAAACAGCCAUCUCGGGCCUGAACGUCGAAGGCGACGUAGGCAAGAGUCUCCAAAACGUCGGACUCUUCGAAGCCGAAUCCGGCGUAUCAAUCUUCGAAGACCUAAACUCAGCCCUCGAAUUCUGCGAGAACGACUACCUGAAAGUCUUCUACAGCCGCCAAGAAGCCCUGCUAACCCCCACCGAACCCUCGACACCCUCAACCCUCCUCCAAGUCCCGGUCCCGGUCCCCCAACCCUCAACCCUAUCCGACACAAUCGUCAGCUCUCCACGAGGCCAAUACCUGCAACGAGUAGCAACAACCACAAUCCGCGAACACGAAACAGCAAUGAUGGUCUCCCCAGCCUGGUCAGCAAUGCGCCAACCUCUUCCCCUUCUCCUCCAAACCUUCCACGGCCUCUCGACACAAAAUGAAGACUUCUGGUUCCCUGCCUGCCCCUACUUCACGCGCGAGUCCUACCCAGCAGGUCAAGUCCUCUACCACGAAGGUGACGCCCCGCGCGCCUUCUACCUGCUCGAAUCGGGCAUGUUGCGCGCGGGCUACGAUCUCCCCCAGGGCCGCUACUUCGAACUCAUUGUCGCUGGUCGACCGUGUGGCGAGUUGCCUUUUUUUAGUGAUACCCGCCGCACGGCGACCGUUAAGGCUGAGCGCGAUUGUGUGGCUUGGUGUUUGACUGGUUCACAGUGGAAAAUUAUGCAGGAGAAGGAGCCUCGUAUUGCGAGGGAGUUGUUGACUGUUAGUUUGAAGUUGACUACUGAGCGGAUGGAUUCUAUUACAUCCUAUGUCCUUACCAUGGCGGCUUAG